CAGACUGGAACAAGUAUGACUUCAACUAUCAAACCAAAGAUGCUUAUGCUCCUAGUGCUGGCGGUUUGCACCCUCGCCUGGGGAGAGGUGGGAACACUGGCAGAUAUUCCAGUUGGGAGUUUAGCAGGGCAAAAACAAGUCGAGGGUCCUGACACAACAAAUGAAAAUCUGAACCCUCAUGUGGAUGGUGUUCAGAGGAACGACCCUCCCCCAGGUGCUGCUGACUUUGAAGACUGUGCAGACCUGUUUCCUCUACUCUACUGGACCAGUACUGUACAUGACGGAAUCUUCCCCAUCAAACCACGAUCUUCCGCCGACCACUUUGAUGUGUACUGUGACAUGACUACAGAUGGUGGGGGCUGGACUGUCAUACAGAGGAGGGUUGAAGGGAGACUCAACUUUGAUAGGUACUGGGCAGAUUAUGAAGAUGGGUUUGGGAGGGUCGAGGGGGAACACUGGCUUGGAUUGGAUAAAAUUUACAACUUGACAUCUCAGAAUAGCUAUGAGUUAUAUGUGGAGUUAGGAGAUUGGGAAGGUAACUUUGCCCAUGCUAAAUAUGCUACCUUCAGCAUUGGGGAUGAGAGUACAGAUUAUACACUGCACAUUGGGGGGUACAGUGGGGAUGCUGGGGACUCACUGGACUACAGCAAUGGUAUGAAAUUCAGUGCCACUAAUAUGGAUAAUGAUGAGAGCAGCUCUCACUGUGCUCAAGUGUAUUCAGGAGGCUGGUGGUAUGGCAAUUGUGCUUACUCUGUCCUGAACGGUCCCUACUACCAGCCAGAGGACUAUCAUGGUUCUGCUACAGGGGUGGGUGUUUACUGGUCCCAAUGGAAAGGUUACUACUACUCACUGAAAGCCACCAAGAUGAUGGUACGGCCUCGAAACUUUGUCCGCAAUCUGUGACUUAAUCUGUAACUAAAGUGACUUGCAAAUCUGUGACUAAAGUGUGGAUUCUUCAAUUCAAAUAUACAAAGUUAUAAAUUCCUUAUUGAAAGUGGUGGUUGACUGUAAAUACCAAUGGUGAUUAAUGUGGAAAUUUUACUUGAUUACAAGAUAUAACAUUAACAAGAAUAGAAAUGGACCAAAAACAAGCAAUCCUUGCUUACAGUAUGGACUCCUUUGCCAAUUCAUGAAGCUUACACACAUCAGCUACAGUUACAUGUAUUGCUAUAAUUAAGAUCAUGUAUGCUCAUGAGAAAAGCUCUAAAUGUGUACCCCUAAUGGUCAGUGUGGGUGUAGCCAUGAGUCAUCCUGCCUGCUUACAACUUUGGAACAGAGCCAAACCACUGACUUACAAAUCUCCAAGUAUCCAAUUACACCAUUUCUGUCUUACAUUUUGGCUGCAAUAUUCACAUAACUGUGGACAAGACAAACAAACAAACAAACAAACUGGAACUGAUUACAUUACACCUUCAUUUUCACAGACUGAGGUUAAACUAGUAGACUUUAAUCAGUUCUAUACAGAUGGAGCAAUGAUGAACAUGUAUCCAGUACAGCAACUACAUUGUAUAUGAGACAGUGCUUUGGAAUGUCUACAAUCUAAGUGAAUGUAUAGAUGUUGCAUUGAGUGUUAAACAAUGUUUAGCUGUACGUCGAUGAAGGUUAGACAUUCAGGUAAUAAGAUGCGCCAAAAAAGCAUGCAGUUACCAUGGAUACAUAUGAUUUUGGAAACAUUUCAGACAACUAUCUGGCCAGUGUCACUUUUUUAAUGUUUAGCUUUGCUCAGUAUGUCCAGACCUAUAUGACACAAAAUGUGUGUAAAUGGUCCCUACUGCCAGUUACAUAGGAUCUAUAUGAUGACGUGUGGUACACAGAACGUACAACAUGUAUAAUAGUUUAAAACACAACUGUACCAUUACAGGUGCUUUAGCCAAUUAUACAUACAAUGUAUGACAGUGACUGUAUCUGUUCUCAGUAUGUAAAGAUUUACUUUGUGAUCUUUCACUAUAUAAGAUCUAUUUCUCACUGACAGCUAAGCUUCCAACCUUAUAGUUAUACCCAAGCUAUAGAAUAUGAUGCUUUAAAGCCACUUAACGUCAGUAAAACAGAUGUCAAUAGACACAUAUCAGCGAUAUUAUCUCAUAGACAAGUUGGAUAAUCUGAAUAAAACGAAUCUGACUGAA